AUGUCCGGCAAUGGUGACAAUAGCGGGGGCGCGAUUCUCGAGCUAGGUGACUAUAACGACCAGGUCCCCCCAUCCCCGUUCCCAGAACCUAUCAAGGAAGAAGAAGCUUCCGUGGAAGGCAGGAAUGUUCCUAUGCCGGAUGUGACUCUAGAGGAGGAGCUGUCAGAGUCACUAAUGCCGCUCAAGUGGGUGUUCUUCCCGGAAGCAGAUCCAGUUCAGCAGUUUCGCGGAAAGCCGUGGCGGGAGAAGAUCUGGGUGUUUCUCAAGGGCGUGUUCCCGAUCCUCGCGUGGCUGCCUGAGUACGACUGGCGGUACUACCUGCUGGGGGACAUUAUCGGAGGCGUGUCCAUCGCUGUCAUGUCCGUGCCCCAGGUGAGCCAUGAGCAAUGCGAGGUUGGUUGUGAGUGGUGGGCGGCACACGGGAACUGGAGUCAGGAUGCACAGGUGAGCAAGGAUACACAGGUGAGCAAGGAUACAUUCUACGUCAACUCAAUUCACCUCGACUGGCGGUACUACCUGCUUGGUGACAUUAUUGGAGGAGUUUCCAUCGCCGUUAUGUCCGUCCCCCAGGACGUCUCAUACGCCAAGUACGCCAACAUGCCUGCCGAGUUCGCUCUCCGUGAGUUUCCCCCUAUCUCCUCUCCCAUCCCCUCUCUCCAUCCUCAUCCUCUCCCCUCAUCCUCUCCCCUCAUCCUCUCCCCUCAUCCUUUCUCCUCAUCCUCUUCCUCCCUAUCCUCGUCCACCUCUUUCAUCCCGCCGCUGCUCUACGCCAUACAGGGCUCGUCCAAGCAUCUCGUCAUAGCGCCCGUGUCAGUCAUCUCGCAGCUGCUCGGCACGUCCGUCAGCGCUCUCGCCAACCCCGCCACCGACCCGGCGCUCUACACCAGCCUCGUUGUCACCGCCACCUUCUUCUGCGGCCUCUUCCAACUCGUCAUGGGGCUGUGCAGGUCAGUGGAAGGACUGAUGAGUGCGACUGGGCUUGUGCUUCUGCUCAUCGCGGCCGUGAGCGCUCUACACCAGCCUCGUUGUCACUGCGACGUUUUCCUGCGGCCUCUUCCAACUCAUCAUGGGGCUGUGCAGUGUCAGUGUGCUGGGCUCUUGAGUGCAACUGGGCUUGUCUCGCAGCUGCUCGGCACCUCCCUCAGCCCACUGGCCGACCCGGCUACGCAAACUGCGCUCUAUACAAGCCAGCCUCGCCGUCACUGCGACUUUCUUCUUCGGCCUCUUCCAACUCAUCAUGGGGCUCUGCAGCGCGCUGGCCGACCCGACCCGGCUACCCAAACUGCGCUCUACACCAGCCUCGCCGUCACCCCCACCUUCUUCUGUGGCCUCUUCCAAUUCAUCAUGGGGCUCUGCCGGGGAGCGCAAGGGCUUAUCAGCCAACCAUCUUGGGGUUCCUGUCGGGCGGCCCUCUCACCAGCUCCCUCACCUCUCUUGAAUUCUUCCCUCUCUCCCUCUCCUGAAAGCCUCUCUGUCUCUCCCCCAUUCCCUCCCAACAGAUUCGGGUUCCUGGUGGAUUUCCUGAACCAGCCAACCAUCGUGGGGUUCCUGUUCGGAUUUCUGGUGGACUUCCUGAACCAGCCAACCAUCGUGGGGUUCCUGUCGGGGUGUUCCCUCACCAUAGCCAUCCAGCAGCUGAAGCUCAUCCUGGGGUACAAGGACUUCACACUCAGCACCAGCAUCGUCAACAUCAUUGCUGCCAUAGUGCACCUCCAGCAGCUGAAGCUCAUCCUGGGGUACAAGGACUUCACGCUCAGCACGAGCAUCGUCAACAUCAUCGCUGCCAUCGUGCAAUACAGCUACGAGCAGCAGCUGAAGCUCAUCCUGGGGUACAAGGACUUCAUGCUCAGCACCAGCAUCGUCAGCAUCAUUGCUGCCAUCGUACAAUACAGCUAUGAGUUCCAGUGGAAGGCGUUUGUCAUGGGCGUGUCCUUCUUCCCCUUCCCUGUAUCUCCUCUUCCAGUGGAAGGCAUUCGUCAUGGGCAUAUCCUUCUUCCUCUACCUCUCCACAGUGCGCCUGCUGGUACGCACUUCCCCCUCUCCCCCUUCCCCCUCUCCCCUUCCCCCUCUCCCCCUUUCCCCUCUCCCCCUUCCCUCUCUCACUCUCUCAAUAGAAACACUGUCAUGGCAUGGGCAUGUCCUCUCUACAUCCACCUCUCCACAGUGCGCCUGCUGGUACGCACUGCACCCCCUGUCCCUGCCAUCCUCCUGAGAGUACUGAGUCGCACUGUCAUGGCAUGGGCAUGUCCUCUCUACCUCCACCUCUCCACACUGCGCCUGCUGGUGUACCUGAAACCCAAGAACAAGGUGUACCUGAAACCCAAGAACAAGGUGUACCUGAAACCCAAGAACAAGGUGUUUUACUACCUCAACGCGCUCGGCCCGCUCACAUCCAUCCUCAUCUCAACCAUCAUCGUGGCAGCUGCAGGGCUGACAGACAAAGGCAUCCCCACUGUGAGUCCUGUCCUUGCUGUGCUCGUUCCCCUUGGCCCUAGGAUAGGAAAGAUUUCCACGGGGCUGCACGGGGCCUCCUCCAUAUCUUAUCUCAAUUUCUCGCGGGAGAAUGUUGCUGAUGUGGCCACAGUAGGCUUCAUCGCCUGCCUUGUCUCCCUUGCGAUGGUGGCGUUUGGUUCAAUGAACCUGGUCGGUUCGUUCACCUCAUGCUAUGUGGCAACAGGUUCCUCCUCCCACGCGGCCAUCAAUGUGCUAGUGGACGCCAGGACAACGCUCACGCAAGCCAUCUCUUGCCGUGCCAACACCUGCUCAUUCCUGCCUCCUUCACUCGCCUCCCUCCCCUUCUGGCCCCACUGUCCUCUCCUCCGCAUGCCACCAGGUUCCUUUUCCCGCACGGCAGUGAACAUGCUAGCAGGCGCCAAGACAGCGCUCACGCAGGUCAUCAUGGCGCUCCUCAUUCUGCUCGUGCUGCUCGUCGCCGCCCCGCUCUUCAAAAACGUCCCCAAUUGUGUGGUUGGAGCAGUCAUUGCCAACGCUGCCUUGAACUUGCUCGACUUCCAUGCAGCGUGGGCCCUGUGGAGAGUAGACAAGAUGGAUUUCCUGCUCGAUUUCCAUGCAGCAGCAGCCCUCUGGAGGGUAGACAAGAUGGACUUCCUGGUCAUGUCGGCUCGACUUCCAUGCAGCGUGGGCCCUGUGGAGGGUAGACAAGAUGGUUUCCUGGUCAUGUCGGGCUGCUUCCCCCACUGUACCCUCGGCACCCCCUCCUCCCCAUAUCCUCCCCACAUCCUCCCCACCUCCUCCCCACAUCCUCCCCACAUCCUCCCCACAUCCUCCCCACAUCCUCCCCACAUCCUCCCCACAUCCUUCCCCCCUUCCCAGCUCGACUUCCUCGUCAGGCCCGCCUGCUUCCUCGCCAUCCUCUUCGGUUCCCCCGAGAUCGGCCUCCUAGUCGCCAUCCUCCUCUCCCUCAUCAAGCUCCUCCUGCGCUCCCUCCGCCCGCACAUCCGCCUGAUUUCCCCACGUGUGCUCUCCCUUCUCCCCCAUUCUGCCCCUAACAGCUCGACUUCCAUGCAGCGUGGGCCCUGUGGAGAGUCGAUAAAAUGGAUUCCCUGGUCAUGUCGGGCUGCUUCCUUGCCAUCCUCUUCACUCAUUCUCUCCACUACCCCCUCCUUCCCCCCUCAUUCCCUCCUCCUUCCCCAACCCCACCUUUCCCAGCUCGACUUCCAUGCAGCGUGGGCCCUGUGGAAAGUAGACAAAAUGGAUUUCCUGGUCAUGUCGGGCUGCUUCCUCGCCAUCCUCUUCGGCUCCCCCGAGAUCGGCCUUCUCGUCGCCAUCCUGCUCUCCAUCAUCAAAAUCCUCCUGCGCUCCCUCCGCCCGCACAUCCGCCUGCUCGGCCUCCUCCCCAACGCCGCCGCUACAGCCGUGAGCGUGCUGCAGUUCCCCAACAGCGCGCUGUGCGAGGGGAUUGUGAUGCUGAGGGUGGAGAGCCCGCUGUAUUUCCCCGGAGCGAAUUUUGUGCGCCAGCGGGUGAAGAAGCUCUGUGACGCGGUGGAGAGCCCGUUGUACUUCCAAGGAGCUAACUUUGUGAGGCAGAGGGUGAAGAAGCUGUGUGAUGCGUAUGCAAGGGGUUACCAGCAGCCAGUCAAGCACUGUGUGCUGGAUCGAUCAGUCAUGCAUGCCAUUGACGUGACGGUCAUUGAAGUCAUGAGGGAUCUGCAAUGCUCAAGACCACCUCUUCCCAUCCCCCAUUCCUCCAUCCCUCUCCUGCUGUUCCCCACCUUUUGGCAGCAUUGUGUGUUGGACCUAUCGGUCAUGCAUGACAUCGAUGUGACGGCCAUAGAAGCCAUGAGGGACCUGCACCGCGACCUCACACAGAUGGGCAUCCAGCUGUGUCUGGCGAGUGCCAACAGGGACGUGCUGAGGAAGAUGUUUGACGCACAGCUGUUAGCAGAGAUAGGCGAGCAGUGGCUCUUCCUUUGCCUGGCGAGUGCCAACAGGGACGUGCUGCGCAAGAUGUUUGACGCGCAGCUGUUAGCAGAGAUAGGCGAGCAGUGGCUCUUCGUCACUCCUGCAGACGCCGUCAAGCUGUGCCGUGCCGUGGCGCUCUCUCAGCCUGCUGCCAAGGAGACCGAGGAGCUGCUGAACACUGUACCGUCGUUUGAUAUUUAG